AUAAAAUAGAACAUUUUGAACAAAUCUAUGCAUCCGAGUGACCUGGCAACAUUGUCAAGAACUAACUAACUACUUAACUGUCACUGUCAGUAAUGUCAGUCAAGUCAAGCUGUGGUUGAGAUUUGGGAUGAAAAUACAGGAUACAGGUUAAUGUUAAUCACAGUUUUGUAAAAAUUCAUGAAUAUAAAAGCAAGUGUUGUGAUCAAAUGUGACUCUAAACGAUAUUUGUAGUUCUGUUGUCGCCUUAAGCUACUUAACAGUGCUGAAUUUUUAGUAAAAAUGUCGCAAAUUAGCUCUCCGACAGCAAAUGGUGAGAGAACAAGUAUUCAUGAUAUGCUGAAAGACACACCACCAAAUGAAAUCAAAACAACCACAUUACCAUCCUCCUCAAGCAAUUCAAAUAUUUCAAAAUCAGUCCCCGCUAGCCUAUCUCCUUCUAGUAAUCCUCCUUCAGGGCUAAACUCUCCCUCAUCUAAUGACGAUUCCACACUCUUCAGAAACAACUCGUCUCGAAUAGAACAUUUAAAAAAUUGGUCCAUAUCUACUUACAAAUGUACCAAGCAGAUUAUGUUUGAAAAACUAGGCAAAUCAUCUAGAACAGUAGACUCAGAACUAGAAACUCGAAUAGAUCAACUUAAGGACACCCAAAAGAAAUAUAUUAACAUUCUUCGUUUGACUAGAGUACUGACCAGCCAUUUUUAUCAUGUUGUUCAAACGCAGCAUGCCUUAGGUGAAGCAUUCUCUGAACUUGCUCAGAAGUCCCCAGAGCUUCAAGAAGAAUUUUUAUACAACUGUGAAACUCAAAGAAACCUGACAAAGAAUGGUGAAACACUCUUAGGUGCUUUAAAUUUUUUUAUAUCCUCAGUGAAUACGCUUUGCAACAAAACUAUUGAAGAUACUUUACAAAGUAUAAGACAAUAUGAAGCUGCAAGAAUCGAGUAUGAUGCAUAUCGUACUGAUCUUGAAUGUCUCUCUACAAAACCUGAUGGUACAAUAGGUCUUGAAGAGGCACAGCAAAAUUAUGAAGUGCAUAGACAGAAUUUCAUGAAGUUAAGAGCCGAGGUUACUAUCAAACUGAAAUUUUUGGAUGAGAAUAGGAAAAAACGAAAAAUGGAUACAGAAAAUGCUGUAGAUGUACCUCACGUUAAGGUAGAAUCAUCCACAAAUAAUGAUAAUGAUACAACAGUUGUUCAAGAAAAGCCAAACCAUUUUAAUCGUGGCGGUGGAGGUGGCGGAGACCGUGGAGAUCGGCGAGGCGGUGGUCCUGGAGGCGAUAGAUUUGGACGAGGCGGCAGAUUUGGCGGCCAAAGAGGAGGCCAGGGUGGUAACCAGAGGGGUGAUGGCAGAAAUUUUGAAAACAGAAGAGGAGGAGGCCGUGGUGGUGGCUUUGGUAACCGUGGACAAAGGACUGAAGAUGAUCAUCAAGAUGGUCAGGAAAAUCAAGAUGGGCACCAAAAUCGUAGAGACGGUAGAGAUAACAGAGAUAACCAUCGUGGUAUGAGACCAAUGAGAGGACCUGAAGAUAAAUUCAUGGAAAGGAUUCAGCAACUAUCUGGCCCAACCUUUGAUCUUCCUCCAGUUGAUUUGUCUGAGAAAAAAUUCAAUGGUAGGAAUAGGUUAUACAUUGGAAACAUUGGUUCUGAAGUAACUGAUGAGGAAUUGAUUGAAAUAUUCAAACCCUAUGGUGAAACCUCUGAAGUAUUUGUAAAUAAGGACAAGAACUUUGGUUUUAUCAAGUUGGAUUAUCACAGCAAUGCAGAAAAAGCCAAGAGAGAACUUGAUGGCACUAUAUUGAAAUCCAGAAACUUGAAAAUUAGAUUUGCUCCCAACUCUGCCACUAUAAAAGUCAAAAACCUUACUGGUUAUGUCACCAAUGAGUUACUGCACUAUGCUUUCAGUGUCUUUGGAGAGAUUGAAAGAGCCACAGUAUGUGUAGAUGAGAGGGGCAAGCCUACUGGAGAGGCUGUAAUUGAUUUUGCUAGAAAAGGUUCUGCUCUUCAUGCUAUUAGAAAGUGCACAGAUGGUUGCUUCUUCCUAACUGGUUCCCUCAGACCAUGUGUAGUCGAAACUCAUGAUAUAGUAGAUGAUAAUGAUGGCUACCCUGAGAAGAAUGUUAACAAAAAACACCCAGAAUACCUAAAAGAAAGAGAGCUAGGUCCAAGGUUCGCCAAUCCUGGCUCCUUCCAAAGUGAAUAUGGUAUGAGAUGGAAACAACUGUAUGACCUUCACAACCAGAAAGAAGAUGCUCUCAAAAAGGAAUUGGAGUUGGAGAAAGAAAAACUUGAAGCACAAAUGGAAUAUGCAAGAUAUGAACAUGAAACUGAAAUGCUAAGGGAACAGCUCAGAUCCAGGGAGUUGGACAAGGAGAGACAGAAGCGCGAAUGGGAAAUGAAGCAAAGACAAGUUGAAGAGGAAAGGCUUAGAACUGAGGAACAAAUGAGAAGGACACAAGAAGAUAUGGAAUCGAGAAUUGUGGCUCAACAAGAGGAAUUGAGGAGAAGACAACAAGAGAAUAAUCUGUUUAUGCAAGCACACAAUUUGGACUCAAUGCUUGACCAACAAGAGCAAGCCUAUGAACCACCUAGUACUUUCAGCCAAGGUAGCAACAAUGCUACAGAUGACAAUGGUUUAAUGGAUCCAAAAGCUUUCAUGAGCUCAUAUGAGCGGCACGGCAACAACAGAUACGACCGUGACACAAAUCGUAACACUGGAAAUAUGGCCAAUAGAGGACACUGGGUCAACGAUAGUCGACGUGGUGAUGAUUUCCCUAAUAAAAGACGACGUUUCUAAGGCGAACAAAACAUCUACAAAUGUCCUCCGUAUUAAAACAUUCUCUGCGUUGGUUGAAAUCUUUUAGAACAGUAAUGUGAAGAAUAACGCAAUUUUUUAUACUUAAUUUAACGCAUGAAUUAAUUCAAAUCGGGUGCCAAACUAAAAAAUUACGGUCUAAAUUUUCUAAAAUUGUAUUAGCAGGACCAUUAACUCAACCAUCCAGUAUAUAAAUAUACGUCACCUCGCAUCAAUCGUAAUUUUUUACGCCCAAAUUGAUGAGUGAAAAAGAAAUUCUUCAGCUCGAGAUUUGUUUAAAGGACUGCAUAAAUAGGUAGACAAAUAAAUAUAUAUGUAUAUAAGGUACAGAAAAUAUAGAUCAUAAUUUUUUUCUGUUUCACCCAUUAUUGUAGUUCACAACGUUGGUAAAAGGCAGCAACCACUAGCUUAGUAUUCCAAAUUUUGAAACAUCUGCCUUUAAUUCAAAUUAGGUAAAAUGUUUUAUUUGGUAUUCUUGAAUAAUAAAUAAAGUAAAUUAAUUAGUUUUUGAACGUGUUUUUUUAACGAAUUUAAUGUUAAUUAUAGAUUUGUGUAUGUCAAAAAUAGCUUACAUAAAAAUAUGUAAUAAGUACAUGAUGUGACAUUAAUUAUAUCUCAUGAAAAUACAUAAUAAGUAAAUAAAUAAACGUCUUUUUAGUGAAUAACCUAGAAUUUUAAAAUCUCCG